AAGACAUCAAAAACCAAAAAAAUUUAAUUUUAACUGCAGGAUGCAGAACAGUGUGAAUGUUCGAUUACCUCCAAAACCAAGAAAGAGGAGACUGACUUGGGCAGAGGAUGGCGAAGUGGCCAUUCUUGAUUUGUGGCAAGAGCGCGUUGCUGAUCUCCGCGGGGCACGGAAGAAUGGCCACAUCUACGCGGAGAUGGCGAACGAGCUGGCAAAGUGUGGCCACAACUACAGCGCCCGGGAUGUGCAGGUGAAGUUGGCGAACUUCACGCAACGCUACAGAAAAGAGAAAUUGGCUAUGGGACCUUCUGGUGCAUCACCCUCAACGUGGCCUUUAUACGCAAGGGUGCAUCAGAUAAUCGGUGGUUUUAAGGCCAAUAUGUUUUGCGAGCUGACGCUUGAAAACAUCAGCGAAGCCGAUAUAGCAUCCCAGCCAUCACCACUGACCCCAGUAUUGCCGUCAUCACUCAGCCCAACAUUUUCCUCACCACUGGCAUCACCUCUUCCUGCUGUGCCGACCACACCGCUGCCUACACCGUCACCGCCGCUGUCAUCACCUCUCACUCCUCUGCCAACCACACCGGCACCGCGGCUAUCAUCGCCAUCAUCACCAAUGCCUAGCAGCUCAGCUUCUGCGGUUGAGCCUAAAAGAAAGAAAGCAAUGGGCACUUUACAAAAGAAAGUAUUGGAAAAAUUUGAUGGGUUGUCAGCGGAGAUAAGCCAACAUAUUCAGAGGAGUGAGGAAAAUGAAAAAGAGUGGAUGAGGCUAGAGAAAGACAAAGCUGACACACUGAGGGAGAUAGCCAAUGAUAACAAGGAAUUAAAAGUUGGCAUUUUAUCAUUUUUAGAUAGAAAUUAAUAACAUUGUACAGCACUCGGCUGGGUAUUGGACCAAACCAACUU